CUAGAAUGGGGUGCGAACGAAGUGGGAGAAGGUCGGGAUAAGGGACACUUGGUACGCAUGCGACUACACGCGAACAAGUCAGGGCGAUCGUUGCGAUGAUGUUUGUUGUCUUUGCAGAUUUUUACGCUUGGCCGUUGCCUUGACAAUCUUCAUUCAGGCAAUCGAGUUCUGUCAAGUUCAAGGUUCCUGAGCAAACUGUGUAUAUAGCUGCUCUAAAUGUUGGGUUUCACAUUACUUUCCGACGUGAUUCCGUAGUUCAGUAUGUCAGGCGAAGCGGUUUUGAUUCCACAUGUUGUCUUCAUCCGCAGAUCUUGUUUCAUAUCAGCCAGCGCAACAUCUGAAUGUCUUUUGAAGGUUACCAGCGUUGGUGCAUUGGCGCAUGGGCCUGCCGAGCUGGUGGUGCUGCAUCUGCCGUUCUCAGUGCCGCAUCAGCGUGUGCAAUGUACCUCGAGCUUUCAUUCACGGACGCACUGCAGUUGAAUCCGUUCUCCGUUCAGAUUCUGGAUAAGCAUACGCGCGUUCAGGAUGAAUUGCAGCCGCUGGAUCAGCAGGACGUACGUGUGUAUGAACGACGAUAUUUGAAGAAACGUCCUGUCACAUUUACACAACUUAUCGCUUACGACGCUGGUUUAUAUUUGGGGCCUCCCAACUCUGUCCUUGCAGCGCAGCGGUCAUUACAGAAUGGUGCGACCAGUCUAGGAGUCGAUUUGAGCUUCACGCAAGAUGAUAAGCUUGUUGGUGCCCACAGUUCGACUGAAUGGAUUGCAAAUAGUAGGUUUCCAAAGCGGGCGCAAGAUUUGAUGGACAUUCGUUUUGAACAGGCGGAGUUAUCACCAACGUGUGAAACGUUUGAACAAUUCUUCUUGUCAAUUGGAGUACCGUCUUCGGAAAUGGUUGGCCUUCAGGCUUGCGAACGCCAAAGACUUAGUACGGCUGAAGAUUUCUUUGAUGCCUUUCCAGGCAUCCCUAUCAUCUUUGAUUUGAAAGCAAGUUCUUGGGAAAUGCAGCGGAGACAGGCUACUAUUAUGUACGAGUUGUUAUAUCGAAGUUAUCCAGAGCGAUGUGCAGAUGAUACGCUUACUUCAUUACGGGUGUUUGCUUUUCCAAAUCAGACCAAUCCCGCAGGGGCACGGUUUUGGAUUUUGAAAAUUUGUUCGGGUCUUCAACGUUGCCUUUCACAUUCAGUCUCGGGGUACCCGCGCACGGGGGGGGGGGGAAGCGAAACAAUAUUGAGACGCUCAGUCGCAGUCUCACAAGCAGUACAGCCUCUCAGAACGGGAAACUUCAAAUAUCGGACUGGCGGAUUCUUGACACCUUCUGAAUUGGCAGCUAGUUCUCGUUUUUUCAAGUUUGUUGGACAGGUUCACAUAAUUUGUGACUUGGCCGUUCAUGAGCUCGACGGAGAGGUUCAUGCAAGUCAUUCAGCACUUUACCAAGACCUGCCUUCUUGGCAAAGCGAUUUGCAAUAUUGUGUUGAAUUUGGUGUUGCAGCUAUUCAUACUUCGAGGAUUGAGUUGGUUUUGAAGACAUUGAGAAAAUUGUCAGUUAGGGAGAAGGAAAUUUCGCCAGCUUGGCCAGCUGCCAGCCUGAGCAGCCCACUGGCAGAGAAACUGUUGCCAAAAGCAUUUUGGCCAUCAGCACAUGGUAGGUGUGUUUUUGCUGAGCGUGGGUCAGACCCUGGUCCGAGUUUAGUUCUGUUGAGCCAAAGCGACGCAUCACACCAGACGCAGAGGUUCUCAGUUGGCCCAGAAGUUGCGAACAGAAGCAUGUGGAUGCGUUGUGCUGGGAAGUUUGCCACGGCCCUCCUUGUGUUACGACUCGUGGAAAUCGGCAAACUCCCAGGGCUCGAUGAGCCAAUUGUUGAGUUUCUUCAAUUACAGAAAGUGGAGAACCAUUCAGUAUUGCAGCGAUUGACCUUGCGGCAUGUCAUGGCAGGCGUGGGUGGCUUACCCUCCUGGCACUGGACGCCUGACUGGGUGAAAAAAAGAAUCAAGCCAGCGUCCAGAAUAUGUGAAGAGGCACUUCGCAAGGUAGACCCCGCAUUUGUUCUGGGCUCCCGAUUCCAAUAUUCCAACAUGCAGUGGGCAAUCGUAGAGCGUGCUGUCGAAGUUGCAACAGGCCGGAGCUUCCCCGAUGCAGCUCGUCGGUAUUUGUUCGAUCCACUUGGCAUUUCGAAUCGGACGUAUUAUCAGUCUGAGACAUUGCCUGCUUGUUCCCAGAGUGUUUCGUCGCAAGUUUAUCCAAUCAAUUUGCGGGCAGGGAUCGGUCUUUGUUCGAUUGCCGCGGACAUGUUUCUUCUUGGUGAAGCCGCCCGUACCGUUGGAUUUCUCGUGGUCGGCGGAUUCGCGGAGUGCAAGAAAUAGUUAUGGAUCAAUUGCGCCACAGAUUUCCCGCCGCGAUUCCGAGUUUCCUGAACAAUGCCCCAGUAACAGAUUUCGCUGCAAAUGGGAUAGAAUGGUCUGGCCGAGGCUUUGCUGGCUACUACUGGGCAGAUGAAUGGCUUGUGAGCUAUGGCGGGCCAGAAGGAUUCUGGGGUCAGAAGGUUCUCUUGCGCGUCAAGAAUGGACUCGGAUCAGGGCCACUUCUGGUGCAGUGGGUUUCUACGCCGCAUUUUAACAAGAGCGCGCAAGAUUUUGCCAGGAGCGUGUUUGAUCUAUUCACUGCUGCACCUGACAGACUUGGCUCCUCAUUGCCAGAUUGCCAAGCAGGCGCUGGCAUCAGUGAUUCAAUUGCAAUCCGGAAUGUCGCGGCAGAAGUGUCCAAUUCGAGUUACAAAACAAGAGCGGAGGACGCACUAGUGCCAGAGUGCAUGUACGCAAGAAGGACGUUGGAGCCGCUUGGUGAUCACCCAGUGUGCAAUCGUGAAUCUUUGCGUGGAGAUUCCCAGUCCAGUGAUUAUCCAGUUGCGCAGCCCCGC